AUGAAGUACGCCAUUGCUACCAUCGCCGCUCUGGCCAGCUUGUUCGGCCAAACCAUCGCUUCAAACAAUGUCUACGAAAUCGAGUCCGCACGCUCUGGAGAUGUUUGGGGAAUUAAAAACUCCGUCGGCGUCGAACAUCAGGUUGAGUUGGUACACCCGGAAGGCAAUGAAGCCGAGCACUGGCGUCUAGUCUCCUCCGGUCCCGACUUCUUCAUCCAAAAUGUCUACACCCAGGGGAUGCUCUCAUGCCCGGAGGAACAUCAGUGUGUAGUGGACACCCUUGGAAACAACGCGCAGCUUUUCACAGUGACCAAAAAUCCCGACUAUACAGUCAGCUUCCACCCCUCGGGAAGUCCGCUGGUGCUGUCAACUGGGGAGGGUAAUGAGUUGGAGGCCAAGCAUUCGGAUCCACAUGUUGAUGCGGCCUUCCGUCUUCGUCCAAUCUAG